UCUAGUGUAUUUCAAGAUGGCGUCGCGCUCGAGAAGCGGAGAUGUGGGGCAUGUGUGCUAGUUCGCUGAGAAGUCUGCACCGUCUAUCUUACUGAAUUCUGUCGAUAUCCAAAGUUCAGGGUUGAAAGUAGCAACAUGGCUGAUGUCCGUGACAUCUUGGAGUGGGAUGUCGACGUGCAGGCUGAGGCAGGAAUCGCCCCUACCUCUGUCGCAGUCACCGGUGAUUCAGCGGCACAAAUGCGAAAGAAAGAAGAGAUCAUUGCAUCUGACAAAAAACAGAAAUCGAGGAAAAGUCAGGAGUCCACCUUCAAACGUCCGGAAGGGAUGCAUCGAGAGGUUUAUGCACUACUCUACUCAGAUAACAAAGAUCCACCUCCCUUGAUUCCAUCAGAUGCAAACAAGGGUUACAAGCAGAUGAAGGCCAAACUUGGCCGAAGUAAAGUCCGACCUUGGAAGCGAAUGCCAUUCACCAACCCUGCUAGAAAAGAUGGUGCCGUGUUUUUUCACUGGAGAAGGGUAGCUGAUGAAGGUCAAGACUAUCCCUUCGCUCGCUUUAACAAGGAGGUGUCAGUUCCACUGUACACCAGUCAGGAGUACCAGCUACAUCUGCAUGAUGAGAAAUGGACCAAGCAGGCUACCGACCACCUGUUUGACCUCUGUAACCGCUUUGACAUCCGUUGGGUGGUGGUCCACGACCGGUUUGACUACAACUCCUAUGGGAGGCGCAGUAUUGAAGACAUGAAGGAGCGCUAUUACAACAUCAUCAACAAACUGGCCAAGGCAAGAGCUGACCCUAACUUGAGUAACAGGGCAGCUCAGGUCUACGACGCUGAACAUGAACGCAAGAGAAAAGAUCAGCUGCUAAGGUUGUUUAAUCGGACACAAGAACAGGUUGAGGAAGAAGAGAUGCUGAUAACUGAACUGAAGAAGAUUGAGCUGCGUAAGAAGGAGCGAGAGAAGAAGACGCAGGAUCUACAGAAAUUGAUCACAGCUGCCGACAACAAUGCAGAGCUGCGACGAACAGAACGGAAGAUAACCAAGAAGAAGAUUCCGCUGCCUCAGAGUAAAUCCAGGAAGGACAUGGAAGGAAGCUCCAAGCAAAUUCUGGAAACUGGAGGAAUCAAGUUCCCUGAUUUCAAGCAGUCUGGCGUCUACCUCCGAAGUCAAAAGAUGAAGCUUCCCUCCUCGGUUGGUCAGAAGAAGACAAAGGCCAUUGAGCACUUGCUAGACGAAUUGGGAAUUCCGAUCCAGCCAAUGCCAACCGAAGAUAUCUGCCAGUUAUACAAUGAACUCAGGUCAGACUUGGUGCUUCUGUACGAGCUGAAGUUGGCUCAUGCUAAUUGCGAGUUUGAGCUCCAGACACUACGCCAUCGGUAUGAGGCCUUAGCUCCUGGCAAACUCCCAUCUUCAGCACUCUCAUUGAUUCAACCUGCCCCUCCAUCAGGGGAGGAUGAUAGUGUGGCCAUGCUCACAUCUGGAGCCGAGGGAGUAGAGGUGAAGAUAGAGGAUAGUUCUGAUGAUCAGUCAUCAAAGAAUAAGAAGGUGUCUGAAAUUAUUGAUGUUGUCACCACAUCUCCAUCAACACCACGCAAGAGACGGACAGCAAUGGAGCAGACAAACAUAAUGAAGAAGUUGAAGAAAUGAUGAGUACAGUAUACUGCAUGAGUCAUUAAUCCUCAUGAACACCUGUUUGUGAUUGUGCAGUAAUUGGAUGGGUGUGUGACUGUACCCCCAGGCAGCUGUUAUUUCCUACUGAGGACUUGAUGUUCUCAUUUGGAGUUUGCAACAGGGUUUUGUAGUAGGAGAUUAAGGCAGAUUUAGAAGUAUUCCUGUCAAUCUGACUGCGAAGUGACCACGGUUUGUAAUAGAUCUAUGCAAAUACAAGUCCCUUGGACACAUUUCUCAAUCCCCUACAAGCGUUCAUCGUAUGCUCUUGUCGAUGGCUGUGAAGCUUUUCAAAGGAAAAUGCAUUUAAAAAAUCUCAGACUGUACUCCGAAAGCUUUUGAUCGUAUUUGUAGUAGGCCUCAAAAGUAUGUGUAAGAAAAUCAUACCACUUAUGCUCCGAGUCGUAAAAGGGCACCUGCUGAAAAUGUGAUAUUUUAUUCACCUGCCAUGGCCUUGCAAGCAGAUGAUGAUGCAAACACUGAUUAUAAUUGAGCCUGAGUUGAUUUAGUUGGCCAUGGAGUACUGUGACACUGUGAAUGUGGCUCUGUUAAAAUGAAAUAUUAAUUAGAAAAAUGUGAGGUGAAUAAGAUGCUUCCAGGCAAAAUUGGUUUCUUUAUAAAUCCAUAAAUCGAACAAUCUCAUGCUAAAUGAUUGUGAAUGGAAGUUAGACAAGUGGAUGUUGUCAGCCUGGAAAUGGAAUGCAGGGAAACUGUCGUUAAAAUGUGUACAUGUACAUUCUCCAUUUUAAAUAUCAAGUCAUGUCAUUCAUGGUUUAAUAGUGUCUUAGUUAGACUAAUAGUUAACAACAAAAACCCCUGCAGUCCAGGUUCUUGUGAAAUAAUGGACAGACAAGGACAAAUAUAAUCCACAGGGAAUGGUUAACGUGUCCACUGUGUGAAGUGCUGUGACCCUGUGUGAUAGCCUUGAACGUACUCUUGUUGAAUUGUUGUGAAUGGGAAUGGCUGUCAGCAACCAGCUUUGGUUGGCUGGUCUCGAGUGGGUCCUCAUCAAUUACAUAAUUUUUGUGAAUUCAGGAACCUUUUGUUACAAUCUUAGAAGAGAAUAUGCAAGGCCAUAACAGCAGUGAUAUCGCUAUUGCAUAGCAUAAACGGAAUAAUCCAUUGUACUGAGUGUUUGGCCUGUCCCUGGUGAAUAUUCAUAAACAUGGUAUACUCCAAAUGGUUCUAGGGCUUGUGAAAAUCUUCAGAGAUUCACUCGGUUGGUACUCGAACCCAUGACCUUGCUAGUUGGUGAAGGGCAAAACUUCCAACAUGAAAAUCCCAAGGCACAAAAUGACAUCUUGUAAAAACCAAUUUGCUGGUUUUUAAAGGUUCAUUUUAUUCGCAGUUCCAGCUAUUAUGACUCCCUUUUUUAAUUGUUUUCAGGAUUUGAUUUUGUAUAAAUUUUCUGCCUUUGAAAUGCUGACAGGGUUUUUGUUAUCUUUCAAAGUGCCUAGUUGCAAAAAAAAUGGUCAAAUUCCACAAAAUGGA